GUUAUCACCUCAAAGAUAUAACCUAUCAAAAGCUGGUGAUAAUGGAAUAGAUACAGAAUCUUACCGAAUACUGCUGGAGGAGAUUAUUAUUUUCUAUCUUGUCGAAACAUCAACGUCCGGGAUAUACAUUUACGAAGUUCCUCAGGUGCUGAAGACUAACAAAUUCACAACCCCAACAAGCCCACAACCCAACACAGCAAGCGCUGUUAGAUAUACCCUUCACCUUAGUGAUACCCUUCUGAGUCUGAGUUCAGAUAUUCUUCUUUCCCAUCAGUAUCCAGAUAUUCUUCUUGAUCAGCAGUAUCCGGAAUAUGUGAUGACCGCGUGGGUUUUAAAGUUGGAGGUUGAUAAGUCACUUCAUGAAAAACAUGUUACGCCAGAUUUUUGGGUUUAUGGUUAUAAAUCAUUUGCAGUAUGGGAUUCUCUCAACUUACAACCAAAACUG